AUGUGUAUUUGGAAUGAAACCGAAGCGUCCAGAGGUUCUAAUGAAAUUAUGUCCUGCUUACUAAAGGCUUUAAAUUCCAAUGUUACAGAAAAGAAGAAACUGAACAUAUGGUGUGACAACUGCACAGGGCAAAAUAAGAAUCGGGUGGCAAUAUUUUUGAUCCUGUUUUUGACAUCUAUCGGUCUAUUCACAGAAAUUACUUUGGAAUUCCUCGUUAGCUACUUACCAAAUGAUCGUCAUUUCGCACAGAUUGAAAGGAGGAGAAGACUUAAAAAAUGCUUCGUGUCUGAGGAUAUACAACAGCUCAUCAGAGAGAUCAGAUCCAUACAGCCAUAUAAAGUUGUGAAUAUGGAACCCGGACACUUUUUAAAUUUACAACAAGCUGCGGAUUCUUUAAUAUCUACUACUAAGCUUUCAAUAUCGACGCUGUCACAGAUACGAGUUACAAAAGAUAACCCAGGAUACGUAUUUUUCAAAAAAUCUCACAGUGAUAUCGAAAGUUGGCAAAAGUUAAGAGUUCUCUAGAAAAAUAUAUCUGAGGACCAAAUAAAAAACGUACAGAUAGUUAGGCAGGAAUCGACCCCAGAACUUACUGCAGCUAAAAAGCAAAAUUUACGUGCUAUGAUUCCUUAUCUUCAUUUACCAGAGCACCGGGAGUUCUACGAAAAACUUACAUCAUAGUUGCUGGCACUUAC